GCUCUGUCAUAGGUUCCGCUCAGGAGAGCGACUCUCGCUCUCCCUCCGUCGAGGAGAUAGUCGCGGCGGUCGAGGUCCCUCCUCAGUCCGAGCCUCGCAAUCAGAGGCGUACCACCCUCGAGGACUCGAGGAUCUGUGCGUGGAAGUGAACCCUUACGGGGGAGGAAUUCCGCAAGGCAAAGCGCUUGGCCUCGGCGCCGGGCAUGACCGUGCACCGUCCCACCUCCGAGGAGUCUGUCUUCGACGCCCCUCCGGGUUUCUUUGCCAUCCUCCUCAAAUCCCUAGAGUACGGGUUCCGCUUCCCCCUCCAUCAGUUAGUCAAAGAUUUUUUCCUCCAUUUCGAUUUUCUCCCUUGCCAAGUCGUGCCCAAAUCCCACCGUUACUUGGCGGGGUUCCUUAUUCGUUGCCAAGGGACCGGGGUUCACCCCGAUCUGGCCCGCUUCUUGUUGCUUUUCUGGUUGGCGAAAUCGUCUGGCCGAGCGAACUCCGACUUGGGCUCAGCCCCUCAGUUCCUUCCGUCGCCGUUCCGCGUGCGUCACCUCGGACAAGAUGCUCAAGUUGGCUCGCUAGUGACGAACGAUGCGUUGGUGGCGCUCGGCUUCGUCUACCUGUCCCCGGAAGACACUCAACGGAGCAUCGAAGAAGGCCCCUCAGGUGAAAUCAUGCUUUCCAACGCCGAGCGGGUGAAGCUCAUGUUCCCUGAUGCUCCGAGCAAUAGCUCCCAAGCCCCUGUUUCGGGUGCCCGUCCCCCAGCUCCUCCUGUGAAGCCGACCUCCGAGACGGCCUAGAAGAAGAAAAGGAAGGAAACGGCCUCGGCUGCCGAUGCUCCCCAGGGGUCCGAGUCCCCCAUGAUGAAGGACUUCGGCAACCCUAAGUACGUCAAGGUAGCCUUCCCCGCUCGGGUCUCCUUCUUAGAUGGGGACUACGAUCCAGAGACCUUCCUGUGCACCUUCACUCCUCCCACCGAUCGCGCGAAGAUUAAAGAUCUGGACCGAGA